CGUUCGAUCGGUCGAUGGCAGCUCCGCUCGAUUGUUUUUGUCUGCUGACAAUAUGGCCACGCACUGUCAAGUGUGAUCUAUUACGUGUCUAAUUUGUGUUUACAUUUAUUUGUUAAAUCUCCUCGUCAGAUGGGUUUGACACAGAGUUCGGAGGUGUCCGACGGAGGAACUUAUGGAUAUCACGUCCACGGUGUGCAACCGAAUUCUCCUGCGGAAAAAUGUGGACUGCAACCGUUCUUUGACUUCAUUUUGUCUCUGGACCACAAAAGACUUAAUGUAGAAAAUGACCUGCUGAAGGAGGUCCUGAAAGCCAAUAUGGAGAAAGUGGUGAGCAUGGAAGUGUACAGCACCAAGAGCAUGAUGAUUCGUGAGUUGGAGGUGACGCCCAGCAACAUGUGGAACGGACAAGGCCUGCUGGGUGCCAGUGUUCGCUUCUGCAGCUUCCAAGGAGCCAAUGAAAAUGUUUGGCAUGUCCUGGAUGUGGAAGCCAGUUCACCUGCUGCACAGGCUGGCCUCCAUCCCCACACCGACUACAUUGUUGGAGCAGAUCAUUUGUUGCAAGAUUCAGAAGACUUCUUCUCGCUGAUUGAGGCCAAUGAAGGGAAGCAAGUGAAGUUGCUGGUGUACAGCGCCCUCACGGACAACUGCAGAGAAGUGGUGGUCACACCCAAUGGCGCAUGGGGAGGCGAAGGAAGUUUAGGUUGCGGCAUUGGAUAUGGUUACCUGCACCGAAUCCCUGCACGUUCUGACAUAUCGAUGCCAAAGAGCCCCGAGGCCCCUGCUCCCGAUGAGAGGCCACCCCCAGAGGUGCCGAACCACGGCUUCACAGAGGCACCCUUGAUGGCACCUUCAAGCCAAAGCGAUGAAUUGUUAGACUCGAGACAGGUCACCUUCCAGGAUGUUUCUCUUCCUCCACCAAUGGAGAGUGUCAGGGAUCACAGCUCGCCUGAUUCUGAAAUGGCCGCCACGAGUCCCGUAACUGCUGAUUUGAUAGACAAGCUGGAUCUGUCCAUGUCGUCUGUCGACAUGGACAACACUUCCCUUGCAAUGAACUGUGACAAAGAGGACGAGAUCUUCGGUGUUGAGGCGCUAGAUGGAAGUGAACUGCAUUCUUCCAAAGGGAUUAUCGAUCAAGAGCACAACUCCCCGGCCUCCGUGGAUCUCACUUCUGCUCUCAGGAGCAGUCAGUCCGAUUCCGCCGUUUCAGUCAAAGAGCAUUGUGACCUCAACGCCACUGACAUCGCAGGCUCCCUCUGCGAGUCCCGUCAUAGCCACAGUCCACCACUAGGUGCGCUAUCUCACUGCAUAGACCCAUUGGAGCAGUACGAUGAACAACAACCAUGUCUGCCUGCGACUGAUGGGCAUCCAGGUGAGUCCCAAAUCCAUGAGUCACCCUUUCAGGAAACUGAAGAUCAGUCCAGAGAGGAGACUCAUGCUCAUCAAUGCGAGCAUGGGGACGCUGAGGAUCAUCAACCGCAAGAGCCUAAGUUGGACUAAAACUGCUUCAGGCCAGAUGGAGAGUGAACAAAGCAAAAAAAAAAAAAGCCACCAACAAUCCCCAAUCACUUUUGUUUUUAAAGACAGGCAAUAAAGACAAUCUAUAUUCCUAUAGCACGCAAUACCAAAAAAAAAAAGUACUGGUACUCCCACAAAUGUGGGCCAUUGAGAUAUAAUCUAGCAAAUAUUUUUAUAUUUAUAUUUUUAGUAAAUAAUAAUUAACUUUGAAUUUUAUGGCUGCAACACAUUCCCAUCAAGUUGGGACAGGGUCAUGUUUACCACUGCGUUACAUCACCUUUUCUUUUCACAACAUUCAAUGAACGUUUGGCAAUCGAGGACACUCAUUGUUGAAGCUUUGUAGGUGGAAUUCUUUCCCAUUCUUGCUUGAUGUUCAACUUCAUCUGUUCAACAGUCCGGGGCCUCCGUUUGUGUAUUUUGUGGUUCAUAUAUCAGCCAUGCGUUUUCAUUGGGAGACAGGUCUGGACUGCAGGCGGGCCAGUCUAGUACCCGCACUCUUACUAUGAAGCCGCGCUCUUGUAACACGUGUGGAAAGGUGAUUUGGCAUUGUCUUGCUGAAAUAAUCAAAGGUGUCCUUAAAAAAGAUGUGACUUGGAUGGCAGCAUAUGUUUCUCCAAAACUUUCAUGUCCCUUUCGGCAUUAAUGGUGCCUUCACAGAAGUGUAAGGUACCCAUGCCAUUGGCACUAAGACAGCCCAAGACCAUCACAGACGAUUUUGAGCUUUGUAUCCAUAACAGUUACUCAACAUUCCCCCCAAAAAUUGCAAAGUGGACUCGUCAGACCACAGCACCCUUUUCCACUUUGUCCAGAGAUGCUUUAGCUUUCUAAAGUUUUUUUUUUCUGAGCCCAUCUGGUGAUAUCCUUUCCACAUUGAUGCAAUCAAUGUUGAUUUCCGGUCAUGCCGCUGACAUGCAGUGAUGUUUCCAGAUUAUCUGAAUCUUUUGACGCUAUAUGGACCGUAGAUGACGCAAUCCCAGAUUCCUGGGCCGUUCACAAAGAGGUGGACCUCAUCCCAUCUCUACUUGGGAACAACUGAGGUUGUUUCAGGUAGCUCCUUUUUAGAUGCGGUCACGGCACCCGCCUGUUCCCGGUUAGCCUGUUCACCUAUGACAUGUUCCAAACAGGUGUUUGCUGACCUUUCAUCAACUUUCUCCGUUUCUUUUGCCACUUGUGUUUUUGGAAGGUGUUGCGGCCAUAAAAUCCCAAGUUAAUGAUCAUUUGCUAAAAACAAAUUGUGUCAGUUUGAACAUGAAAUACAUUGUCUUUGAAGUGGAUUCAAUUAAAUAUAGGUGGGCCAUGAUUUGCAAAUCAUUGUAUUCUGUUUUUAUUCAUGUUUAAGAGAACAUCCCAACUUCAUUGGAAUUGGGUUUGUACAAAGUUGAGUGAUACACCUGGAAAUGUACUAUAAUCCCUUAACGUUGCUUUUAUAUGUGAGAACAAGUUACUACUGAUUUGAUCAUGUUAUUGUCACCCAGUGCAAGUGGAUACAUGUUGCAAAACUUGAUUCUGACAUCCCAGAUGUUAUAGGGGACUCUUUCAAAGAUGACAGAAAUCUCAUCGGGUAUAUCACAACAGUUGAAAACAAUCAACGUUGCUUGAUAAAACGACAGGCUAACCGUUGCAAUAGUUUGUAUGUAGCCGCCUGUGCUGUUGAUGCUGUUCACUUCUGGCUUUAGUUUGACAAAAGCUUUGACAAGAUCAUUUUAACAUGUUUUACCCCUGCCUCUUGUUUUACUUUCUUGUUUGGGAAGCGAAAUAUUCAUUCACCCAGUCGGCUAGACACCACCUCCUUCAGUUUUGUGAUCUAUGCAAUGUUACUUGAAGAACAAGACAAUAGAAGAGGUGACGUUUGUAGUUGUAAUUAUAGUUAUGGCGUUGAUUUUUUCUUUUUCUGGGAGAUGUCUAAAUAGUUCAGUAAAAGUACUUUUACAGAUAUCACUGAAGUCUUUUUUUUUGUGGGGAAUGAACACAAAUGUUUUCUCAGAUGGUUGAAUAUUUGCCACAAACAUAGCAUGAGCCCCUCAUUCACACUUUCAAACUUAGUUGCCAAACGUUGACGUCAAACCAUGUACUUGCACGAUCUCCACAAAAGUGUCAUUGUUAAACCAUUCCAAUUUAUUUCUUUGGAAGCCUAAAAUAUACAUAUUUCACAAAUUCUUACAACAAUUGAUAUUACAGUUCAUCACCUAAUUGGGGGGUAACCAUCCUGUUUUGGCCAACGAGAGCUCGCUUGAUGUGCUCACAUCAGCCAGUCCUUCUGGCCAAAUGAAUACCAUCAAGUUUGCAAUAAAAAGAUCUGUUCUGCUUGGUGAUACCAAGGGGGGGGAAAAAAAACUUUUCCCACUGUUUCGUUUCGGUAAAGACAAAUCAUGUACUAUAUCAUAUGUCAUUGAGCUAUUUAAAUAAACUAUACAUUAGGAACAGCUCUCACUUUGACCAAGGUCAUUGCUGAUUACCAAAGCACAGUGAGAUUUAAUAUAUUUAUAUUUAUAUAUACUGUAUAUAUAUAUAUAUAUAUAAUUUCAAAUUUAUAAGUUGAUUUAGACAACUACAAACAUUCUUAAAGAGUAAACUGCAAUUUCCAGGUUGUAAUGAAUACAACAAAUGCCAUUUGUAUCAUCCAUGAAAAAUUACAGCCAUGAAUGUGCUCUAAGGAAUUGGAAAAAUAACUGUUGGUAUUAGGUAAACUUUACAACAAAACAGAUGAAAUCCGCCCGCCCCUCCCCCCAAAAAGUCACUUAAAAUCAAAAAUAUUGUACACAAGGUUAACAUGAAAACAUUCUGCUCACUGAGAAUAGCACAGUUAAAACAGACGAAGACAAGUAUGAUGAUGUUCAAGCGCUCUCAUAAUUAGAAGUGGAGGUUAUGUUCAAGUGAGGAUGGGCGACUGUGACGCUUCCAGAAAGCGCGGGUGCUCCAAACCGGAGAUACUGUUGACUGUGGAGUGUUUUUAGAACAAGGACAGGUCUGGAAUGUACUAAACAUUCUGCGCACACGCACACACACACACACACACACACACACACACACACACACGCCCACAAACAUGUACAGCAGUUCAUCAUAAACAUAGCAGUCAAAGAUGUAAAAAAAAAAAGAAAGACAAACAAAAA